CUUGCACCUGAGCACCUAAUGCUCCUGGAGAAGAUGUUUCAUUGAAUGUAGAUUAGGUCACAUGUAAGGUGGCACGCUUCCUUAAUCCCACAGUAAACACAAACACACACACACACACACAAGAGUGGUGGUGUGGUUUGGUUUGGUGCAGUGGGGUCAUCGGGGCAACGUCAGUGGCGCACGUGCCUCACCUGCGGUUCUCGUGCCGGAGAUCGAAUCAGGGCGCCGCUCCUUUUAAAAUUCGCCACCUCCUCCUCUUUACUGAUCAUCUCCUAUGAUAGUCGAUGAGCGCUCACGGGACGAAGGGGGGAGGAGGGGGAGAGGAUGAUCACUACAUAAAAGCAGUAAAAACCCCUCAUUCAUGCUCAUUUAUUCUGUGCCUCUGUGUGUGUGUGUGUGUUUUUUUUGGCUCCUGUGGGUCGUGUGAAGCAGGGUCCGCACCGGCUCUCCGGGUCCAGAGAGUAGGUGUAGAGAGAGUGUGCAGACAUGUCGGGUCGCUCCGCCGCAGAGAUGGAUGACUCGCAGGAGCUGCCUGAGCUGCCGGCAAAGAAAGUCAAGCUUGACUUGGACCAUGGACUUGAGAAAGAGCAAAGUUUGGGUGAGGAUGGGAGCCCAGUGGCUGUGUUAGGCUCAUCAGAGCAGGAACGCUCUUACUCUGCCUUGUCCACCACCCAACUCGAUCCAGGAGAUCAGGAGCAGUCGGACGCAGACGGAGGGGCGUCUCAAGCAUGUGGUCCUUCCAUGAACUCAUAUGCACACUCUGGCACAGAUGCAACGGCCACGUCUGAAUACACUCAGCAGGUUUAUCAAGGAACCAACCCUGCAGUGACAUCGUACACCAGCCAGGUGGCCUUUCCUCCUGUCCUCCAGUCGGCUGUGUACUCAGCGUUCCCCCAGACAGGCCAAACCUACGGUCUCCCACCUUUUGGCUCAAGUUUCACAACAUCCAGUGUGUACUCCAACAUCCCCUCAGCUACAGCUGCCACCACCGCCUCAACCACAGCGGCCCACCAAGAAUUUGGCAGCUACAACUCCUUGGGACAAGGUCAGUUCUCUCAGUACUACGCUCUGCCUCCCAGUUACGUGCCUGCCGGGCUGCCCAGCAGCGACGAUCACAGUGCCAGUGUUGGUGUAGCCGGAUAUUCAGCUGUAAAGUCAGAGGAGGCCGCAUCGGCUGGACUGCCUCCCAGAGAUGCGUCUCCACCAGAGAACCUCCCAGCAGGUGCGGCCCUUCCUACCAGUGUGGCUCUUCCUGCUGGAGCCAGAGACCAAGAUGAGGUCGGACGCAGGAACUCAGUUGGCAAAGCUAAAGGGAAGGGCAAGAAGCCUGAAAACUCUCCACCCACUGAGAGCGACCUGGAGCGCAUCUUUCUGUGGGAUCUGGAUGAGACUAUUAUUAUAUUCCACUCACUGCUCACAGGCUCCUACGCACAGAAGUUUGGAAAGGAUCCGGCAACGGUGCUGAACUUAGGCUUGCAGAUGGAGGAGUUUAUCUUUGAGCUGGCAGACACCCACUUGUUCUUCAAUGAUCUUGAGGAAUGUGAUCAGGUCCAUGUUGAGGAUGUGGCCUCUGAUGACAAUGGACAGGACCUGAGUAACUACAACUUCUUGGCGGAUGGCUUUAAUGGCCCCAGUGGUGGAGGUGCUUCAGGAGCCACUACAGGAGUCCAGGGAGGAGUGGAGUGGAUGCGCAAGUUGGCCUUUCGCUACCGCCGGCUAAAAGAGAUUUACAAUAGCUACAAAGGAAACGUUGGAGGUCUGUUGAGCCCGAUGAAGAGGGAUCUGCUUUUACGUCUUCAGUCUGAGAUCGAGAACGUGACAGACACCUGGCUCAGCACAGCGCUCAAAUCUUUGCUGCUCAUCCAGUCCAGGGGAAAAUGUAUGAAUGUGUUGGUCACCACCACUCAGCUGGUUCCAGCUCUGGCGAAAGUGCUGCUCUACGGCUUGGGAGACGUCUUCCCCAUUGAGAACAUCUACAGCGCCACCAAAAUAGGGAAAGAGAGCUGCUUCGAGAGGAUCGUCUCUCGCUUUGGGAAGAAAGUGACGUAUGUGGUGAUUGGUGACGGUCGAGAUGAGGAAUUUGCAGCAAAACAGCACAAUAUGCCUUUCUGGCGGAUCUCCACUCACGGCGACCUCGUGUCCCUACACCAAGCGCUGGAACUGGACUUCUUGUAAAGGAGGAGGCGGCGGAGGCGGCGGAGGCGGCGGAGGCGGCGGUGGCG